AUGCGCUUUUUGCUGCUCGUCGUCGGCGCCAUUGGACUAGCCGAGGCCGGGUUUUUGGACUUUUUGAAAAAUAUUGCUCAUGGAAGCUCAAGUUCGAGCUCUUCCAACAUUCGCACUCCCGGAAAUCGGGGAUCUGUGAGUGAGGAUGAUGCAAAGAAAUAUUUGAACAAUUUCGGGUACGUGAAUGUGGGAAACUCGUUGAACGCUGCACCUGGAGGUCGGGGAUUUUCCGCUGAUUUGUCUUCAGCCAGAGAUAUUCUGAAGUCGGCUAUCUUGAAAUUCCAAGAUUUCGCUGGCUUGCGGCGAACUGGAGAGCUCGACGAUCAAACAAAGCAAAAAAUGGCACAGCCCCGGUGCGGAAUGAUGGACGUUCUAGCGGUGACUGAUGGAGGUGCUGCUUUCAAAUGGAAGAAAACGUCAUUGACGUACUCGAUCGAGAAUUUCUCCUCCGAUUUGCCCAGGGAUCAAGUGAGACGAGCCAUUUCGGAGGCUUAUGCUAAAUGGGCGGCGGUGACACCGCUAGAGUUCAGAGAAGUCUCUUCUGGAGGUGAUAUUAAGGUCCGAUUUGGUGUCCGUGACCAUGGAGAUCCUUGGAGUUUUGAUGGACAAGGUGGCGUCCUUGCUCAUGCGACAAUGCCCGAAAGCGGGAUCCUCCACUUUGACGAUGACGAGAAUUGGGCGUAUAGGGAUGCAAACAAGAUUGGCAACGAUUACACUGAUCUGUUAGCUGUAGCCAUUCACGAGGGUGGCCACGCAAUUGGUUUAUCCCAUUCGAGGAAUGAGAAAGCAAUUAUGGCACCUUUCUAUCAAAGUACCGUUGACAGAAAUGGUAACUAUAACGAGCCACAAUUGACACAAGAUGACAUUCAAGCAAUCCAGGAUAUCUAUGGUCGUGGCAGUGGCGGGAGUUCAUCGUGGAAUGGCGGUGGAUCUUCUUGGAAUGGAGGGGGAUCUUCCGGUGGAUCUUCCGGCGGUGGAUCUUCUUGGAAUGGAGGGGGAUCUUCGGGAGGAUGGGGCACCACUCAACGUCCGACAACGACCACGAAAUCAUCAUCGCAUUGGUGGGAUCGAAUCUUUGGGAAUGAUGAUCAAACGACGACAUCGAGGCCAUGGAGUGGAGGAUCUGGAUCGAGUGGAGGAUCUGGAUCAAAUGGAGGAUCUGGAUCGCGUGGAGGAUCUUCUUGGUCUGGUGGCUCGAGUGGCAGCUCUGGUGGCUCGAGUGGCAGCUCUGGCGGUGAUUGCCCGACUCGACUUGAUGGCUUCACUAAAGCUGAUAAUGGGAACAGUUAUCUCUUCCAAGGCACAAAAGUUUAUGAAUUGGUGAAUCGACGAGUGUCUAAAGUUUAUUCAUUGCGUCAACUUUUCCCAUCAUCUCCUUCAUUUGUGCAAGCUGUUGUUAACGAUCCAAAUAGUGGAUUGACAUUGUUGUUUUCGAGUGGACAAGUUUACGGUUACUAUUAUUCUCGUUUACGAGGUGGUUUUACCCUUGACGCUGAAUACCCGAAACGCUUGCCAUCAAUUGGUUUCAGUCCACAAGGCGCGUUGAGAUGGAUUGAUGGACAACAGAUACUUUUGAGUAGUGGAAAUGAGUUUGCUGUUUAUGACGAAUAUUGGAAUCAAUCAACACUCCAGGGAAGGAUCUCGAGUUAUUAUCCGAAUUUGCCGAGUGGAGUCAAAGGAGCUGUUGUCACCGGGAGCUCUGUGAUAACAGUAUUCACUUCGACACAAGUCUUUGAUUAUGAUAUUCGAUCGAAAUCGAUCAAUGAUCAAAGUGAGCGAAUGUCUGGUCAGGGGAAUCGAAGCGCCUAUCAGGCAACGGCAAACUAUCGUCCUGAGGAAAGCUAUCAACACCAGCAAGACGUGAUGUCUGGAUACGGUCAACCCGCCUACAACCCUCAAUACCAGAAUCCGUAUCCUCCUGGUCAAGGGCAAGGACAACAGCAACUACCACCCGCGCCGCCUGGAUGGGCUCCAUCUCCAUCACAAGCAGGUUCUGCACCCUACCCGAUGCCGCACGCCGGAGCCGCUGAUCAUCACAUGGAGGGAGGUGCGGCUGACAAGUACGCUUUCGGAUUCACUAAUGCGACAAUUCGAGCCGCUUUCGUCCGCAAAGUUUUCGCCCUCGUUACUAUCAUGUUGGCUGUUGUCGCCGUGAUGACUGCGAUUCCUUGGUUCGACGAGGGUUUGAAAGCAUCCGUGCAACGCUCAAUGGGGCUCUACUUGGCUUCAUACGGUGUCUUCAUUGUUGUCUACUUGGUGCUGAUGUGCUGCGAGAGUGUGCGCCGAUCGUUCCCCGUGAAUAUUAUCAUGACCGGAAUUAUGACUGUCUCAAUUGGCUUCAUGACGAUGAUGAUCACCGCUCAUCACGACAUCAAUAUUGUUCUGCUCGCUCUCAUCGUUACAACUGUUGCAUGCGGAUCAAUCAUCAUUUUUGCUACCGUUACCAAGCACGAUCUGACCAGCAUGAUGGGAGUGAUGUUCAUCUUGUCGAUGUGCCUCUUCGCCUUUGGACUGCUCGCCAUCAUUGGAGGCAUUUUCUUCAAGAUUUAUUGGCUUCACUCGGUCUACGCAGGAUUGGCUGCUCUGCUCUUCAUGUUCUACUUAGCCAUCGAUGUUCAGAUGUUGAUGGGCGGCCGCAAAUACGAGAUCUCUCCAGAAGACCAUAUCUUCGCAGCGAUCCAAAUCUUCCUCGACAUUGUGUACAUCUUCUGGAUGCUUCUCUCACUCUUCGGAUCCAGCAACAAC